AUGAAGAUGCUCAAGCCCGGGGAAGGAAUCGUGGGCAUCACCUGCAGGAGCUUGGCUGGGACGGACCUUUGCUCCUUGGAAGCCGACACCGAGACAAAGGUGGGAGGGUUUCGAAGACAACUCGAGAAAAAGCUCGAUCCGGAGGACAAGACAAACGUGGUCCUGUGCAUUCGCACUGAAAGCCUUGGAAAGGCUCAAGAUCACGUGAAGCUGAUCGAGCUGCUGCCGGCUUCCAUCGAUGAUGUCAAGUUUGCUUUUGCCAAGGCCGAUUCUAACAAGGACGGCUUCCUCGACAAAGCUGAGGCGAAAGCGAUGUUGACUGCCCUCGCGGAUGCGCUACCGUCGAUAAUGAGCGCUGCUGAGAUCGAUCAGUUGUUUGAUGCGGUCGAUGCCGAUGCAGACGGCCGACUCAACUUACUGGAGUUCAUUGAUUGGUGCUUCGGCGUUCAAAUGAUCGGGGAGAGUGAGAAGAAUUCACUCCUGGAGGAAUUGAAGAGUGCGGCCUGA